AGUUCAUAUAACAGCAGCUGUCCAUAAAAUGCUUCUCAGUAGAGCCAAAAUGAUGUCCUUAAUUUUCUGAGAUUUUCUUUGUCUCCUUCCUUCUAGAUCGCACAAAGCCAUCCUAAUUACUGGCGAGUUUGCUGAAGAAUUCCCAGUAUUAAUUUGAUCUGGAAAGAGAGCUAGGGAUUUUCUCAGUCUCAAGGAAAUGAGUUCAGUUAAGUUGAAGGAAAGAAAAUGCUGCUCUACAGGGAAUGCAGGCUGCUUCUGUCUCAGGCUUGUACUACGGUGAGAGUCUCUUCAGCUAUGCCAGAACCAGCGAAGUCUGCUCCAGCCCCGAAAAAGGGCUCUAAGAAGGCGGUGACCAAGGCGCAGAAGAAAGACGGCAAGAAACGCAAGCGUAGCCGCAAGGAGAGCUACUCCGUGUACGUGUACAAGGUGCUGAAGCAGGUUCACCCGGACACCGGCAUCUCGUCCAAGGCCAUGGGCAUCAUGAACUCUUUCGUCAACGACAUCUUCGAGCGCAUCGCGGGUGAGGCGUCGCGUCUGGCUCAUUACAACAAGCGCUCGACCAUCACAUCCAGGGAGAUCCAGACGGCCGUGCGCCUGCUGCUGCCCGGGGAGCUGGCCAAACACGCGGUGUCUGAGGGCACCAAGGCCGUCACCAAGUACACCAGCGCCAAGUAAAGUUGUCCAGCAAUCACUCUCUUACCCACCACAAAGGCUCUUUUAAGAGCCACUAAGUUGUCAAUAUAAAAGAACUGUGAACACGUACU